AUGGCAUUUGAUACUUCGGAGUCGAAGUCUGUGGAUGUGGUGUCGGCGCCUGUCCGUGAAGACAUUUACGCCCCAUCAGAAGAAUCUGACGAUGCAUCUGAUGGAAAGAAGCCACCUCCGCUUGCAGCAAAGUUAUGCGCAGUCGCACUGAUAUCGUGUAUUAGCUUCGGCUCGCACUGGAGUUCUGGCGUGACGGGUGCUAUGAAGACCACGAUCAAAAAGCAAAUGCAUAUCGACAAUGUUCAAUUUUCGCUUUUGGAAGCCAGCGAGAAUUUUAUGGCAACAGUUUUGCUUUUAAUAAGUGGUGUGAUUACCGAUCGAGUCGGCGGAGCUGAGAUGAUUGUUUAUGGAAAUAUCGUCUAUACCAUCGGUUCUAUCCUUGUCGCUGCCGCCGCGACCGUACGCUCUUUCGACUUCAUGAUCGGAGGUCGAGUCAUUCUCGCACUCGGAGAUAUCGCCACACAAAUCGCCCAGUAUAAGAUGUUUUCCUCUUGGUUUCCUCCUAGCAGUGGAUUUGCAUCCACACUAGGCUUUGAGCUGGCUAUUGGCAAGAUUGGAGGAUUUGUUGGCAAGUCGACGGCCAAUAUUAUUGCAAAGAAAACCGGAAACUUUGCGUGGGUCUUUUGGACAUCGGUGUUUAUGAAUCUCUUCACAAAUGUGGCUACUGCAGGGUUCUGGUUCUUUAACCAGUAUUGUAACCGCCACUUCAAGGGACGACGCGAUGAAGCUACCAAAGAGCAACUGACAGAAAAAAACAAAAAGUUCGAAUUUCAUAAGGUGUUCGAGCUCCCCUGGACGUUCUGGGCUGUUAUGGCCUUUUCUGUGUUUCAAACGAGUGCUGCGACAGUGUUCAGUCAAAAUGCCACUGAGCUGGCCGAGAAGCGGUUCAAUGUUGAUUCUAUCAAGGCCGGGUGGUAUAGUUCUCUUUCGCAGUAUGCAGGAUUCUUCCUCGUUCCCUGCUUGGGCGUGUUCAUCGAUGUUCUUGGCAACCGAGCAUCUGUUUUGUGUACUUGCGGCCUCGGGAUGUUAUUAAGUAUGGUCCUCAUUAACUUUGCAACAUCAAAGGCAGGCACAGGGGCUGCAUUCGGCAUCUACGCUGUUGCUCUGUCGCUCGGACCAACCUCCGUUAUCGACAGCAUUCGCACCACAAUGUGGCACCAAUCGGUCUUUGGAUCUGCGUAUUCAUUGAAGGUCACCAUGAAUAAUGCCAUGAGCAUUAUAGUUCGGAUUAUAACCGGAGCUCUGCAGGACGCAGAUGACAAUUCAUAUCGCCGAGUGGUACAAGUCUAUCUAGUUCUCGCUGCCGGUGCUUUGAUUGUCGGUGCAGCGAUUCUGAUCGGCUCGUUUGUGACUGAUAACCUGGCGGUGCUACAGUGGACUCGGCAUAAACGGUUGACAUCGGGUGCGGAAAUUAUCGAGCGAAUUCGAGAGCGCAGUUUGGUAGCCCAACACCGGCGCACUCGGAAUAUUUCGUUAAUUUGCUUCGGGGCUUUAAUUUUGUUGACACUUGGGUCAUGGGUGGCGUAUAUCUGGGGGGCAGUGACCGGUCAUAAUUCCUAG